CCAUAAUGUCCGCCAGCGGUCGUCGCUUUUGUCGCAGCCGUUGCCAAAGUUGUCAUUGUCAUCCGUACAAAAAGCAGCAGCAGCAGCAGCAACAUCUACAGCAGCAACACUAGCAGCAACAUUCACAGCAGCAGCAGCAACAUCUAUAUAGAAAAAGCGAAGGAGCAGCAGCAGCAGCUUAAAAAUACAUUUUUCACAAUGAAGCAAACGAGCGGAGGCAAGCAAAAUUUUGAUAGUAAAAUGUGUGCCACAGGAAACAACAGGAAAUCAAAGAAAUCCUCAAAGAACCUGAACUAUAUAGACAACCAGAAGGAAAUAUCUCAAUAAACAAAUAGAAACAAGGAAAAACCAGCGAGAGAAAUAAUCACAAAACAACCAGAAAGAAAGAAAGCUUUAACUAAAAUAUUUUUAACUAUACAAUAUACAAUACAUAUAUAUAUAUAAAUUAAUUAUAGAGAUAGCGACUUAAGUGUUUAGUGCAUAAAUGAAUUAAUUUUUAAACAAAAUAACUGGGAAAAUCGAGCAAGUGUAUAGACCAAGCAAAAGCAAAGGCAGCUUCUGAUUUUCGGUGAUAUGGUGUAAAUGUGAUAAACAACGUUCUAAAAAAAACAAACAACAAAUAAACAACCAAAACGUUUUAAAACUCAAUUACCACAAUAACAAAAGAGAAAAAAAAAAUACUCAAAAAUAGUGUUUUAUUUUUCCUCCCUUCGCAAAGUUUUUUGCCACGAAAAUCCAAUACAAUAACUAUUUAUCUACAAAUACUAAGCCUUGCAUCUUAUAAACAAAAUAAACUAAACUUAACUAAAAGUAAACUAAUCUAAGUCGCACAAAACCAAAGCAAAUCGAGUGAAAACAACAACAGCGUCAGAGAUUUUUCGGUUCAACCUUUUUUAAUAGAAAGAAAAAUUCUCUCAACUGCACUGCCGCAAACUUUUCGACAACUAUGAUUUUUUUUUUCUGAAAGAACAAUAAGCAAAAAAAAACAUUAAAUAUUCGUACAAAUAUAUUAAAGAAAACUAAGCAAACAUUCUUAUGAGCCGCAGACAACAACAAGAAAAUAAAAGACAAAACUAACCAUAAACGAAAAUUUGUUAACAAAUUUUUGGAGCUACAUAAAACCGUGUAAACAAAAUGCAAUAGUCUAACUCACAUAUUGAGUACACUUGACAUAAACUGUGAUUAUGAGUUCCACAAAAUCUCAAGUAGCCCUAGCUACGAAUAUUCCAACCAAUUUAUCCUCUGCCGCUUCUGCCUCAACAGCGGCCGCUGCGGCUGCCGUUGUUGUUGUUGCCAGUGCCAGUGCCAACGCCGCCGUUGCCUCAAAUACUAACUCAUCCGGAGUGGGAGUAACCGGCGGAUCGGGAUCGGGAUCAGGAUCUGGAUCAGGUGGAUCAGGAUCCACUGUAGCCGCAGGAUCAGGAGCACUCACUUCCGCAGCAGCAGGAUCAACAGUCGCAGCAGCAGCAGCUUCAGCAACAUCCUCCACUUCCGUAGCAACAAUCUCGAGCAACUGCAGCAGCAGCAGCAUCAACAACAACUGCGGCGAAGAGUGCCAGACGGCAGGAUCUGCCAACUUGGGACGCCAGAACAGCUUCGGCAAUAGACGAGGCAACAUGAAGGGCAAACAUCUCACGCGCAGCCAUGCGAUGCGUGAGUCCACGUCGCCACCUCGCACGCCCACUCCGCGGGCUGCCUCCUCCGACCAGCAGCUCCAGGGGGAGUCCCACGAGCACGGCAACAACAACAAUAACAAUAACAAUAUCAACAGCAAAGCACAAUCAACUGGAAGGGGCAACUCGCCAUUGAUGGAGACGCCAGCCGUGAUUGUCACUAGUCAGCAAUCCCAACAACAGCAGCAGCAACAGCAACAGCAGCAGCAGCAGCAACAACUUAAUGUUGUGCCGCCAAAGCUGCAGCAGCAACAGAAUGUUCCACUCAGCAAUGAGGCGGAGUUCCCGAAGCUAUCGCCUCCAAAGAAAUCCGGAGGUCAGCACAAUCGCACCAACAGCAAUGGCAGCGGCAUGGAGUAUAACAACAACAAGAAGUUCGUGGUGGAUCUGAAGGCCAAUGGUUUGGACAGUAACAACAAGCAGUCACAUAACAACAAUAGCUCCUCAUCCGCGGGAGUGAUCUACAACUCGGGGAUGAACUACAAGGCGGCGGAGCGACACGAUCGCCACGAACGCCACGAGAUGUCCAGCCAGAACAGCAAUCUGAGCAACAGCAACAACCACGACGAGGAGCAGUACCAUUACGAGCCCAGAGGUGGAGGCGGCGGUGGCAAGAAGCAUCGUGCCAACACCAAUGCCAAAGGUAACAAACCACGAUUGAAGAAUCUCGGUGGCAGCUCAUCUGGGAGUAUCGAUUUAGGAGGCGGCAACGGCGCUGGAAAUGGCGGUGGAAAUGGUGGCAACAACAACAACAACAACAUGUCCAACAAUGGACCCAUGUCCAACAACUCGAGCAACAAUACCUCGGGCUUCAUAUCGCGCGUCUUUCAUCAAUCAGAGAACUCGAGCGAACAGUACACGGACUACGGCGGCACCGAUCUGCUGGUCUUCUUCCGGGACACGCUCAACAAGAAUCCCAAGGAUCGCAAUAUCCUAUUGAAGAUCGAGAAGGAUCUAAUGGAGUUCGUCCAGGAAAAUAGUCGCGGCUGUGAGUAUCGAUUUCCGCCAGCUUCAUCGUACAAUCGCAUGCUGAUCCAUCGCACAGCGGCCUUUUUCGGAAUGGAGCACAACGUGGACACGGAGACGCAGCAGUGUGUGAUUGUGGCCGUAGCCAAGAACACGCGUAUUCCAGAGAUCCGCUUCCAGUCGCUGGUGCGCGACGACGCACGCAAGUCAAUUCUGAAGCGGGACACGCACAGCUUCGACGAGGUGCGUCAAUCGCCGUAUUUGUGCCCCCUUUCCAUGGAUCGCAAGGCCAAGAGCUUCGAGGAGCGUGAGGAGGAUUACGAUAGGGCGCGCAGCCGCAUCUUCAGUCGAACGGGGGGGAACCACGAGGGCGGUUACUCUGCUGGUGGCGAUGAGGAUUGCUACGGCGGCUGGGAGCAGCAGCAGCAACAGCAGCAGAAGCAGAACCAGCCACCCAGGCCCAAGAGGCCCAAUGGAAAGAUGCUCCAGAUGCAGAAUUCCACGGAAUCACGCGAUGGUAUGCGAUCGGGUGGAGCCGUGCCCAAGUCGCACAACUUUGGCAACUACGGCGGACCGCCAAGUUCCGGAGGGCCUGGCAACAAUUCCCUUCCGCGUGGCGACUCCACAAAUUCGAUCAAAAGCGGACGUGGAGGCUUCGUGAAGCAGGACUCCACUGGCAGCACUCCAUGGCGGCUGUCUCCUUCCAGCAGUGGCUACAAGACGCGCACCCAGUCCGUGCGCUCCGAUUCCGUGACUCCAUCGCCCACGGGCUACGGCAGCGACAGGCAGACGCCGGAAUUGAACCACCCACCUCCGCCACCUUCCAUGGUGACCCAUAAUCAUCACGGCCGGGUGGUGGCCCCACCGCCCAUGUCAAUGGUGUCAAUGGGCGGUGGUUGUGCAGGAUCUGGAGCCGCCAUUGUUGCCGGCAUAUCCCCUGUGAUGGAAUUGGGAACAGAAGCCACCGGGGCUAAUGGCUCAUCCGCAUCCGCAUCCGCAUCCUCGUCGGGAUCGUCGGGACUCGUCUGGGCCGUCACAGACAUUUCGAAUGUGCCAAUUGGCAGCCUCCUCAUUGAUCCGCAAACCCUCCAACCAAUUGUCAAUGCAGACGGUUCCAUCUACCACUACGACCCGUCCAAUCUGCCGCCCAACCAGGCGCUCCAGCACACGGGCAAUCAGUACCAGUCGCAGAACCAGAACCAGGGCAACUCCUCCUCCGGUGGCUACAGCAACUAUCGCAAGUCGUCGCCGCAUCAGCAACAGCAGCAGCAACAGCAUCACCAGCAGCAGCAGCAACAGUUGCAGCAGCCACAGCAGCAGCAACAUCAGCAACAGCAGCAGCAGCAACAACAGGCACCACCGCAGCAGCAAUAUGCCACCACUGAGCUUUCCUGCAGCUCCACCGAGAGCUAUGCGGAGGAGGAGGCCCAGUCGCCGGGAAUGGAGUGUUCCGAGGGCUAUGAGAGCUACGAGCAGCAGCAGCAGCAAGUGUUGCCCCUGCAGCAGCAGCAGCAGCAUCAGCAACUAUCAUCGGGCAACAAUGGCGACACUGGCAGUGUCAAAGGCGACGAUUGUGAUAGCCUGACCAGUGCCACCGCCUGCCUGAGCAUCACCACCUCCACGUCCACGAAGAACUACGAUCGCAUCGAGGUGCAGAAGUACAAGAACCAGGCCACCAGUCCAAACAUACCCGCCUGCUGUGCCGUGGCCGUCGAUAAGUUGGAGCUGGAGGCAGUAGUUGGACAGCAACAGCAGCAGCAACACCAACAGCAGCUGGAGCAGGAACAGCUGGAGCAGGAGCAGGAGCAGGAGCAACUGGCCAACGUGGGGCCCUCAUCCUCAUCCGGCUCGGCCAGCUCCUCCGUGGGCAUCAGCAGCGAACAGCCAUCCAGCCAGACCCCGCUGCCCCUGAUGGUCACCCCGCUGCCGCAGGUGAACUGUGACCUCCAGUCCGUCUCGCCCAGCAGCACGCCCUACAGCCAGUGCGAGGUGAAGACACCCAUCCAGGGCCACGGACAGAGCCACAAUGCCAGUGCCAGUGCCAGUGCCAGCAUCGUCGUCGAGGAGCCCAAGGCCACCACCUGGACGUACACGCAGAGCUACCAGGCGCCGGACGGAUCCACCGUCUUUCACACCACCACCACGCCCAACGGGGCGGCGCCCUACUGCGCCACCACAUAUCAGCAGGGGCCCGACGGCAGCAUCUAUGCGGUGCCGCAGGGCAUGGUGUAUGCCGCCUAUCCGCAGCCCGGAGUGGCCAGUGCCGGUGGCGCCUCGCAGCCGCUCUUCCAGCUGACCACCAGCAGCCAUCCGCCCGCGCAGACACUCUUCGCCUCGCCGGAAGCAGGCGGAGAGAUACCCGGCGGCACCUACAUGAUACCUGUCUUCGAUCCGGCCCAGCAGCCGCGCGAAGGCCUCAUCCCGGCGCAGGCCAUCUACCAGACGGCGGGUCCGGGCGGACCGGGUGCGGCCACCGUGGCCAUGCCCAUGGCCUCCGCCUAUCCCACGGCCCAGUUCGCGGCGGCAGCCGCUCCCAACGGGGGACCCAUCUACCAGGCGCCGCUCAUCUACUCCAGCGAACCGGGCGGGGGCGCCCAGCUGCAGCAGCUGCCGAUGGCCCCCUAUCCGAUUCAAUACUCCUACUCGCCGUACUACCACCCCAUCUCGUACUACGUGCCCCAGCAGGCGGUGGCCGCCGCGCCCAUGGUGGCCACCCAGCCGCAGGUGGGUCAGGUGGCCCCCAUGCAGCAGCAGGCGGCGCACACGGGAGCCGGGACAGCAGCUGGUCCACCCACGGUGGUGUCAGUUUCAGGCCAGCAGCACCAGCAGCACCACCAGCCGCACCAGCAGCACCACCAUCAGCAGCAGCAGCAGCACUCGAGCAACGGCUCGGUGGUGACCAGCCACUCCAGUGGCUACGGCACCCGGGUGAAGCGCACGCCCGGCGGCGGCUCCAUCCACUACAAUCCCAGCUACACACCCAGUGGAUCGGUGGUGCAUGCCGGGGUGGGUGGUGCCCAUGCCCAUGCCCACGCACACGCCCAUGCCCAUCAUCAUCCGUCGGCGGGUUCCGCCCAGAUCAUAGCUGCGCCGGCGGCCAGCACAACCACAUAUCAUGCUCUGCCCACGCUGACGCUGGCCCACGGUGGUGCGCCAGCGGGCACGGAUCUCAGUGGUGCGGCUGGUGCACAUGUCUACGCGCUGCCCGCUCAACAUGCCACCGCACUGAUCCCAACGAAUAUCUUUCCCUAUGCGGCGGCAGCGGCGGCGGCAGCAGCAGCAGGCGGCGGCGGUGCUGGUGGACCAGGCGGCGGAGGAGGUCCGCCGACGGCUCCGCCCCAGCAGGUGGUGCAGCAGGCGGUGGCGCCGCCGCCACAGCAGCCACAGAGUCAUGCUCUGAUCACAGCGGCACCCUUUUACCCGGCUAGCCAGCCAGCGGAUGCCUCGCAGUCGGCUCCCAGUACGCCGGCCAAUCCGGGAAGACAGGCUCCGCUGUUCAGUACUCCGCCAGCUCCCAAUAACGGCAGCUCCGGGAGCAGCAGUGCCGGCGGGGGAGGAGGAGGUAGUGGAGGAGGUGGUGGCUAUCACAGCAACAGCUCCACUCCGCACUACUAUCAAAGCCAGAACAGCAACGAGGGUGGUGGUUACACUUCGCCAUAUGAAAAGAGAAACCAUGGAGGAGGCGGUGCCUCGGUGGGCGUACGCAAGCCAUACCACCCGGGCGGUGGUGGCUACAAUCCCAGGCAUUCGGUGCCCCUGGGCAGCGGCGGCGGUGGUGGUGGUGGGCCCCCCUCGGGAGCCAAAACGCCCUUGCUGAACUCCAACAAUGAGCCCACGCCGCGUGCCUCGCCAAGUAGCGUGAGCUUGGGUGGAGCCUCGUCCUCAUCCUCGUACCAGCACCGUGGUCCGCCGCCGCCGCACACAAUGGGUGUGAAGCGGGAUAAUAAGCCCAACCAGCUGCCGCUGAUCAGUGGACCGCCGCCCAGCUAUGGAGCCACCAACUCGAGUCCCAGCUACGAGACCAGCAAGCCGCCAGUGCGUCUGAAUGCAGGAGCGGCCAGCUUCCGCAGCCAGAAGUCCAUGAACCAGGACUACCGACGCAGUGUCUCGCAGCGGAACUCGCCCAGUGCGAAUGGCGCCGGGGGCAGUGGCAGCCACGAGAGCAGCAACAAUUCGCCCAACAGUAUUGUGGGCAGCCAGAGUAACAGUGCUGCCAACACGCCCAAUGCAGGAGCGGCGGGAGUUCAGCCACAGCAGCCACAGCAACCACAGCCACCCACUUUGGUCAGCCAUCCCGGAGGAUUUGUGAUGCUGGAUCAGAACGCCUCGCCGCCCUCGCUUUACGGUGGAGGAGGAGGAGGCGGUGUAGGAGGAGCUAGUGGAGCCGCUGGUGGCAACGCCCGCUCGCACAUUCCCACUGCCCAGCUGCACCACAGUGCCGCCGCUGCCGCCGCCGCAGCCGCUGGCAGCCAACAGGCCACGGCGGCGGUGCUAAGCGGCGUGGCCGCUGCUGCCGCCCUCGGCGGCUACAAUCCAAAUGCGGCGUCCGGCGUGUACUUCAAGUACGGCCAGACGUACUUCGCCCAUCCCUCGGUGGCCUUGCCCAACAGUCGACGAUCGCCGUCGAACGAUAUCCGGCCGCAAAUGGCGCAGGUGGCCGGCAUGUAUCCCACAAUGAUGAUACAAGCGCGUCAUCCCAGUCGCCAUCCGAACCCGAACUACAAAGGUUCGCGGCCGCGGUAAAGCCAGCCGGAAACGGAAAUCAAUAUAGAAAACCCAAGCAAAACAAAAACUACUUACACAUAACGGCAUACCUAAGAUAAAUAUAAAUAGCAACCUAAUCUAGUGGAACAUAAAGUAGUUGACAACCAUAAAAACCAUAAAAACCAUAAAGCCAGAUGAAGUGGACCGGAUAGACGGAUGGAAACGGAGGAGGAGCGCAGCGCAGGAAGAGCAUAGAACUCGUCGAGUGCUGGCCGCAGAUUGAUCAUUGAUUAUUGGUAGCAGCUGGAGAGGAAGGGGGCGUGGCAGGGACUCAGACGCCUUCCGAGGAGUCAGCCGAAGAGGAGCCGAAACCAAACUAUCCAGGAGCAGAGCGAAGCCAUCACUGUUAUCUUCCGCAGAAAAGCGAAGGGAAAGGGGGAAAACCAACCGACAAAGCAUAGCAUAUAGCCUCUAUAAAGUUAAGGAGUAUUGUACGGAUAUAGCUACAAUAACUGGACCGCGACAGAAGGAAAGAAUUCAAUGCUGUAUAUUUUGUGCCAUUACAAAUAGUCUUUAAUAAACAAAACAAAACAAGAAAGUAAAAGAAAAUGAAAAUGAAAAUCGAGUACCCGAAGAAGCAAUACAAGAAAACAACAAACACAACGACGGCUCCCCAAAAACGGACUUUCGAACUGAACAAUCGACCGAUACGUAACUUCCACUCCCUUUCUCAAGCAAAAACACAAUUAUAUAGGAUAUUCAGGUAGACUUUAGUUCCGAGAGAGCUCUCGAAAGGACCGCAAAUAGACUGAAUCAAAAAAGGAAUCAACUAUUUGCACGCUAAAGCAAGAGAAUCUCUCUCCAAUACUAUUUCAACCGAUGAAAGCUGCUACCAAAAAGUCUUUUCAAAAUUUCAAAUAUCGCCUUGCUUUGGUGUGCUUAAUUGAAUGCGUUUUAAUUAUGUUAGAAAUCUCAAACGAAAGCAGAAGCUAGAACAGAAACAGAAUCAGAAACAGAAACAGAAACUAUCGACCGACUGGACAACAUUGAAGAUUUUUGAAAAUCUGCCGCCAGAAUUUGGGGCGAGUCUUACAUCUAAUUUUGUCCAGCAAAAUUUAGUGUAAAGCUCUUCGACACAAUAUCUCGAAAAACAAGCCACUAAAUCAGUUUAUUUAAGACCCAUGAAAUCUACGCAUAAAAUACAUCUACAUCUAUGAUUUAGAGAGUCAAUUAUUAUUAUUUUGUAAUUUUAAUUAAUGAAAAUUUGUUAAAUAUGAUUUUUGAUUUGAAUAAUGUUUUCCUAUUACGUUUAUGUUCUUUCGAAAUAGAAUUUCCUUAUAAUUUUCUGUUCCUUAAUGCAAAUGAAAAGCUGCAGCUAAAUUUCGUUGUUAUUCGUAAGCAAAAUAAAAAAAAAACAGACAGUGGAUUAUGAUGGAUGAUAAGUAGACGAUGAGAAGACGGAGUCAAGCAGCUAUACAUUUAUUGUUAAACAAAAUAAUUAGCUUAGCGUAUAAACUACAUAUGUAUAUGUACCAUCUAAUAAAAUAUAGGCAAGUGAAAAGAAAGAAAAACAAACAAAAUGCAAAAAUCGAAAAGUAUAAUAAAAGAGAAACCACAUGAUUAGUUAAAGUUAAAA